AUGGGUGAUUCAGAUGAAGAUGUGAUAUAUGGAUAUGAUGAAGAGGAAUAUGGAUUGGAUGUGAAUUUCAAUGCGGCUGAAUGUGCGAUAGGAGUUUUGCAACAAACAUCGAACAAUUUGAUUUAUUUAUUUGGCGCCGCUUUUCUUUGUCUCUUUUUGAGAAGUAAGUUUUUCUUUUUUUGUUUUUCGAAAUUUUUUUUUGACUUCUCAUAGAAUACCUGGAACUAAAGAGCUUUGUUUUUGGUCCGCUGUUUUUCAGAACUGCCUUUUUGCUUUGAAAAAUUCAAUCACAAUCUCCAAUCACCCUAUAACAACAACAUUUUUUUUUAGAAAUUCCACUUGUUUUCCGCGCAAAUGCAUAUAUGAUCAUCAGUCAUUUUCUCAUCUAUCAAUUCUCAUCUGAAUUUUGGGGAAUUUUCCGAUUCUUCAAUAUGGUCACAUUUUCUGGAAUUGUUAUGGUCGGACUCAAAAUCAGAGGAAAUAUUAUUCUCUUCACACAAAUUGCUAUUAUCAUGAUAUUGUAAGUUUAUGAAACCGUUUUGAAUUUCAAAAACAUUUUUGCAGCCAAUUAUUGCUGGGAACCGAAUACAUGCUAGGUGUUCGUGGAAUUUUGAUGCUUCACGCGAUGCGAGUUAUUGCGGUUGGAUAUGAACUUGAGAAUUCAAAUGGAGAGCCGUGCACUUUUUCAAUUCUUGAAUAUUUGUAUUUUCCACCGGUUUUGGUGAUGGGGCCGUUUUUGACGCAUCAGCAAUUUGUGUCUUUUCAAUAUGGACAAGUUGGAGGAUUUAAGGUAAGGAUUUUUGAGAGAAAGAUUAGCAAAUGUGUCAGAAAUAUCUUGAAGAUUGUUCGGAAAUCUGGAUAGAAAACUUUUGAAACUCUUUGGAAGGUUUUUAUCCCAGAAUCAAUUUUUUUCAGCAAAUUGUCAAGAACAUCUCAUUAGCCACUGUUUUAUUGUGCGGAUCUCUCACUGCUCUUUUAAUUUCGUCAUGUUAUCUCAAUAUGUUGAAAGCUCCAAAUGUUUGGGUUGAAGAUUUCAUCGUAGCUCUCUCAUUCAGAACCAGCAAUUAUUUUGUCUGUUAUCUAUCGCAAUGUAAUCUUUUUUGAAAUCUGAAUUUAUUGAAACAAUUUUUUUCAGCCGUGAUGCAGUUUCUCGGAACAGAAAUCGUUGUGACAGAGUUUGGUGAAAUUGAGUGGCCAAGAUCAAUGGCAACAAUUGUCAGCUAUUGGAAUAUUCCGAUGCAUAUGUUUUUGCAUACAUGUGAGAUUUAUUUGAAUCAAAUUCAAAACAAAAAUGAAACACAUUUUCAGACAUUUUCUCAAAAAACGUGUUCUCUACAGUUUGCUGCAAUGCAUUUUAUACAUUUGUAAUCAGUUCGCUUUUACAUGGUUAUGAUCCCCAAAUUAGUAUCACUUUAUUGACACUUGGAUUUAUCACGUUUUCGGAAGCUAGAUUUAGAAGAAAGUUGGCUAAACGAUUUUCAAUGUGUGUUAAAGCCAAGGAGUGUUAUGAAGAUUGUCAACAUACGAAUAAUGGAUUGGUGAGUUUUGGAACGAGUAUAAAACGUUUUUUCUGCAAUUGAAAAAAAAUCAAUUUCAAAUUGUUUUCCAGAUCUCAAGUCUUAUCAACUUUACCUUCCGAAUUUUAUCAUUAUAUCAUUUGAUUUUCACGGGUAUGCCAUUUGUCGACGAGUACGCAUCAACGGGUUAUCCAUGGGAGCAUACCUAUGAGUCAUACGAGAAUCAUAAUUUUGCCAGUUUAUACAUAUCUCUCGCCUUACUUCUUUUUUCAUUCUUAUUGUGA